CUUCUACUCUAUUGCUAGCCUCUCUCUACCUUAUACUCCGUACCUCAACUACAUAAAACCACCCCUCUUCUACCAGUACGUAGUCCUUCCCAUCUUCAUCUUCAUCUUCAUCUCCAUCUCCUACAUCCCCAACAAACGCACUCAUCAUAAUACUUACCCCGCCCUCUUCAUAGAAAUCAAACAAGGCGCCUCGGCCCUCUCAACACCGCAACCAUUUCCUUCAUCCGCAGCUUCUUCACCCGCGCCUCCAGCCCCGGAACAAUGGCCGCCACCAAGACCAAGGUCCAGUCCAUCAUCGACGAGAACCCCGUCGCCGUCUUCUCCAAGUCCUACUGCCCCUACUGCUCCGCCGCGAAGGAGCUCCUCAGCAAGAGCGGCGCAAAGUUCUACGCCAUCGAGCUCGACCAGAUCGACGACGGCUCAGAGAUCCAGUCCACGCUCCAGGAGCUCACGGGCCAGCGCACCGUGCCCAACAUCUUCAUCGGCAAGAAGCACAUCGGCGGCAACUCGGACCUCCAGAGCAAGAAGGGCUCCGAGCUCAACGGCCUGCUGAAGAGCGCCAAUGCCGUCUGACUAGCCUCAGAGGGUACCGCCAAGACGUCUUCGAAGAUAUGAUGACGAGCUUGCGCGGAGAAAUACAUGCAUAGGCAACUUCGUUCGCGCGUACAUGGCGCAUACAUAGCCCCACAUGUCUUUUUUGGCGGUACAAAGAGACUAGACGCUGCUACUACUUUGAUAUCAUGAG